AUGUCGGCUCCUGUCGGGCCGCGGGGCCGCCCGGCUCCCACCCCGGUGGCCGCUCAGCCUCCUCUGCAGCCCGAGAUGCCCGACCUCAGCCACCUCACGGAGGAGGAGAGGAAAAUCAUCCUGGCUGUCAUGGAUCGGCAGAAGAAAGAAGAGGAGAAGGAGCAGUCGGUGCUCAAAAAACUUCAUCAGCAGUUUGAAAUGUACAAGGAACAGGUAAAGAAGAUGGGAGAAGAAUCACAGCAGCAGCAAGAACAGAAGGGUGAUGCUCCAACCUGUGGUAUCUGCCACAAAACAAAGUUUGCUGAUGGAUGUGGCCAUAACUGUUCAUAUUGCCAAACAAAGUUCUGUGCUCGUUGUGGAGGCCGAGUGUCUUUACGCUCAAACAAGGAGGACAAAGUGGUUAUGUGGGUAUGUAAUUUGUGCCGAAAACAACAAGAAAUCCUCACUAAAUCAGGAGCAUGGUUUUAUAAUAGUGGAUCUAAUACACCACAGCAACCUGAUCAAAAGGUUCUUCGAGGACUGCGGAAUGAGGAGGCGCCUCAGGAGAAGAAAGCAAAACUGCACGAGCAGGCCCAGUUCCAAGGACCCUCAGGUGACUUAUCUGUACCUGCAGUGGAGAAAAGUCGAUCUCAUGGGCUCACAAGACAGGAUUCUAUUAAAAAUGGGUCAGGAGUGAAGCACCAAAUUGCCAGUGACAUAGCUUCAGACAGGAAAAGAAGUCCAUCAGUGUCCAGAGAUCAGAAUAGAAGAUACGACCAAAGGGAAGAAAGAGAGGAGUAUUCACAGUAUGCUACUUCGGACAGCGCAAUGCCUAGAUCUCCAUCAGAUUAUGCUGAUAGGCGGUCUCAACGUGAACCUCAGUUUUAUGAAGAAUCUGAUCAUAUAAAUUAUAGGGACCCUAGUAGGAGAAGUCAUAGGCAUUCCAAAGAAUAUAUUGUAGAUGAUGAGGAUGUGGAAAGCAGAGAUGAAUAUGAAAGACAAAGGAGAGAAGAGGAAUACCAGGCACGUUAUCGAAGUGAUCCAAAUUUGGCCCGUUAUCCAGUCAAGCCACAACCCUAUGAAGAACAAAUGCGUAUUCAUGCUGAAGUGUCCAGAGCAUGGCAUGAGAGAAGACAUAGUGAUGUGUCUUUGGCAAAUGCUGAACUGGAAGAUUCCAGGAUUUCUAUGCUGAGGAUGGAACGACCAUCAAGGCAAAGAUCUAUAUCUGAACGUAGAGCUGCCAUGGAAAAUCAGCGAUCUUAUUCCAUGGAAAGAACUCGAGAAGCUCAGGGACCAAGUUCAUAUCCACAAAGGACCACAAACCAUAGUCCUCCUACCCCCCGGAGGAGUCCAAUACCCAGUGAUAGACAAGACACAAGGCGUACUGACUCACUAAGGAAACAACACCACUUAGAUCCUAGCUCUGCUGUGAGAAAAACAAAACGGGAAAAAAUGGAAACAAUGUUAAGGAAUGAUUCUCUCAGUUCCGACCAGUCAGAGUCAGUGAGACCUCCACCACCAAAGCCUCACAAAUCAAAGAAAGGAGGUAAAAUGCGCCAGGUUUCAUUGAGCAGUUCAGAGGAGGAAUUAGCUUCCACACCUGAAUAUACAAGUUGUGAUGAUGUUGAGAUUGAAAGUGAGAGUGUAAGUGAAAAAGGGGACAGUCAAAAGGGAAAAAGAAAAACUAGUGAGCAGGCAGUUUUGUCGGACUCUAACACCAGGUCUGAGAGACAAAAGAAAAUGAUGUACUUUGGUGGCCACUCUUUGGAAGAGGAUUUGGAAUGGUCUGAGCCUCAGAUUAAGGACUCUGGGGUAGAUACCUGUAGUAGCACAACCCUUAACGAGGAGCAUAGCCAUAGUGAUAAGCACCCUGUGACAUGGCAGCCAUCUAAAGAUGGAGAUCGUUUAAUUGGUCGCAUUUUAUUAAAUAAGCGUCUGAAAGAUGGAAGUGUACCUCGAGAUUCAGGAGCAAUGCUUGGCUUAAAGGUUGUAGGAGGAAAGAUGACUGAAUCAGGUCGGCUCUGUGCAUUUAUUACCAAAGUGAAAAAAGGAAGUUUAGCUGAUACUGUAGGACAUCUUAGACCAGGUGAUGAAGUGUUAGAGUGGAAUGGAAGGCUAUUGCAAGGAGCCACAUUUGAAGAAGUAUAUAACAUCAUUCUGGACUCCAAACCUGAACCACAAGUGGAGCUUGUUGUUUCAAGGCCUAUUGGAGAUAUACCUAGAAUACCUGAUAGCACACAUGCACAACUGGAGUCCAGUUCUAGCUCAUUCGAAUCUCAAAAAAUGGAUCGUCCUUCUAUUUCUGUUACCUCUCCCAUGAGUCCUGGCAUGUUGAGAGAUGUUCCACAGUUCUUAUCUGGACAACUUUCAAGCCAAAGCCUUAGUAGAAGAACAACGCCUUUUGUUCCUAGGGUUCAGAUAAAACUAUGGUUUGACAAGGUUGGUCACCAGUUAAUAGUUACAAUUUUGGGAGCAAAAGAUCUCCCUUCCAGGGAAGAUGGGAGGCCAAGGAAUCCUUAUGUUAAAAUUUACUUUCUUCCAGACAGAAGUGAUAAAAACAAGAGAAGAACUAAAACUGUAAAGAAAACAUUGGAACCCAAAUGGAACCAAACAUUCAUUUAUUCUCCAGUCCACCGAAGAGAAUUUCGGGAACGAAUGCUGGAGAUUACCCUUUGGGACCAAGCUCGAGUUCGAGAGGAAGAAAGUGAAUUCUUAGGAGAGAUUUUAAUUGAAUUAGAAACAGCAUUAUUAGAUGAUGAACCACAUUGGUACAAACUUCAGACCCAUGAUGUCUCGUCAUUGCCACUUCCCCAUCCUUCUCCGUAUAUGCCACGACGACAGCUCCAUGGGGAGAGCCCAACGCGGAGGUUGCAAAGGUCAAAGAGAAUAAGUGAUAGUGAAAUCUCUGACUAUGACUGUGAUGAUGGAAUUGGUGUGGUAUCAGAUUAUCGACACAAUGGUCGAGAUCUUCAAAGCUCAACAUUAUCAGUGCCAGAACAAGUAAUGUCAUCAAACCAUUGUUCACCAUCAGGGUCUCCUCACCGAGUAGAUGUUAUAGGAAGGACUAGAUCAUGGUCACCCAGUGUCCCUCCUCCACAAAGUCGGAAUGUGGAGCAGGGACUACGAGGGACACGCUCUGCUACUGGGCAUUAUAAUACAAUUAGUAGAAUGGAUAGACAUCGUGUCAUGGAUGACCACUAUUCUCCAGACAGAGACAGUCAUUUUCUUACUCUACCUCGCUCCAGAUACAGUCAGACCACUGAACGGCAUCACAGGGAUGGCAGGGAUUGUGAAGCAGCAGAUAGACAGCCAUAUCACAGAUCCAGAUCAACAGAACAACGGCCUCUCCUAGAGCGGACCACCACCCGCUCCAGAUCCACUGAACGUCCUGAUACAAACCUCAUGAGGUCGAUGCCUUCAUUAAUGACUGGAAGAUCUGCCCCUCCUUCACCUGCCUUAUCGAGGUCUCAUCCUCGUACUGGGUCUGUCCAAACAAGCCCAUCAAGUACUCCAGUGGCAGGACGAAGGGGCCGACAACUUCCACAACUGCCACCAAAGGGAACACUGGAGAGAAACAAUGGAGUCAAGGAGAUAGAACCUUGUGAAGAAGAAGUGGACUCCACCAGGAGAAGACAUGCAGGUGCUAUGGAUAUAGAGGAGAGAAAUCGCCAAAUGAAAAUUAACAAAUACAAACAGGUAGCCGGAUCAGAUCCCAGACUGGAACAAGAUUACCAUUCGAAGUAUCGAUCAGGAUGGGAUCCUCAUAGAGGGGCAGAUAAUAUUUCCACUAAAUCUUCGGACAGUGAUGUAAGUGAUGUAUCUGCGGUUUCAAGGACUAGUAGUGCUUCUCGUUUCAGCAGCACAAGCUACAUGUCUGUCCAAUCAGAACGGCCCAGAGGAAACAAGAAAAUCAGUGUCUUUACAUCCAAAAUGCAAAGCAGACAAAUGGGCAGCUCAGGGAAGAACAUGACCAAAAGCACCAGCAUCAGCGGAGACAUGUGCUCGCUGGAGAAGAACGAUGGCAGCCAGUCUGACACUGCAGUGGGCGCCUUGGGCACCAGCAGCCAAAAGCGGCGCUCUAGCAUUGGGGCCAAAGUGGUAGCUAUUGUUGGUCUCUCACGGAAAAGUCGCAGCGCUUCUCAGCUCAGCCAAACGGAAGCAGGAGGUAAAAAGCUCCGGAGCACUGUGCAGAGAAGCACAGAAACCGGCCUGGCUGUGGAAAUGAGGAACUGGAUGACUCGCCAGGCAAGCCGAGAGUCCACCGACGGCAGCAUGAACAGCUACAGCUCGGAGGGAAACCUGAUUUUCCCUGGGGUCCGCUUGGCCUCCGAUAGCCAGUUCAGCGAUUUUCUGGAUGGUCUCGGCCCUGCCCAGCUAGUGGGGCGGCAGACUCUGGCUACACCUGCAAUGGGUGACAUUCAGGUAGGAAUGAUGGACAAAAAGGGACAGCUGGAGGUGGAAAUCAUUCGGGCCCGUGGCCUUGUUGUAAAACCAGGUUCCAAGACACUGCCAGCACCAUACGUGAAGGUGUACCUGUUGGACAACGGAGUCUGCGUAGCCAAAAAGAAGACAAAAGUGGCACGAAAAACGCUGGAACCCCUGUACCAGCAGCUGUUAUCUUUCGAAGAAAGUCCCCAAGGAAAGGUUUUACAGAUCAUUGUCUGGGGAGAUUAUGGCCGCAUGGAUCACAAGUCUUUUAUGGGAGUGGCCCAGAUACUUUUAGAUGAACUGGAGCUAUCCAAUAUGGUAAUUGGGUGGUUCAAACUCUUCCCCACCUCCUCCCUGGUGGAUCCAACCUUGGCCCCUCUGACGAGAAGAGCUUCCCAGUCUUCUCUGGAAAGUUCAACCGGACCUUCUUACUCUCGUUCAUAGCAGCUGUACAACUGUUGUCAUAGCAACCAGCGUUACAAAAAAUAAAAAUAAAAAAUCACAGGUCGCAAACCCUGGUAACACUGCAUGCUUAAUGUUGUGUCUUCUGAGCCUGUUUCUAGGGCUACACAGCGAACCUGUGUUCUCAGAGGAAGUUGCACACAUUGUGCCCUAAAGAAGGCCCUCAGGAGAAAGAGCAGAGCUACAAAGAGAUUGGUUUGGAGUCCGUGACACACACCUCUCGACCCAGUCUGAAGCCAUGGGUUAAUCUUAAAGAAUCAGUCAGUUUCCUGCAACAAAAGCCCUUUUCGAUGGCACCUUUAUAUUUUUAUCGUUCCUUUUCCUUCAUUUCUCUGACCCCAAAGCCCUGCUAUGCCACAGAAAUGGAGUGAGACAGCCACUAAGCCAUGUGACAAGUCAAGGGGUGAAGUCCUUGGAAGCAUCAGGUGACAAGCAGGGGACCAAGCAGUGGUCCGAGGCGAAACGUCUGCCCUCCCUGGUGGCGGUGCCAGUCCAGCAGGAACCGCGGCCGUCACUCUAAUGCCGAGAUGUGCUGGACUCUGGAAAGCAAAAUCUGUGGCUACACUACUGAAUGAAACUAAAGACACCUUUUUGCAUGGACACAGAUUAGCUGAAUACUUAAAUUAUUUUCUUGGGGCUGCAACUUGGAAAAAAAAAAAAAGAA